GGAGGGAGGGAGGAGGGUGCGCUGGAGCCCCGGCCGCGGUGGCCGGCUCAGCCUGCCCUUUGUGCCCGCAGCCCGCGCCCCGCGCCGAUGGCCGCCGCGGCGGGCUCCCCGGCGGCGCGCACCCGCCCUCGGACCUGACCCCGCGCGCCUGGGAUGCGCCGGGAAUGCGCGUCCUCCGGGCCUGCGGCUCCUCCCGGCUGGGCGCGGGGCGAUGGACCUGAGCAUGAAGAAGUUCACCGUGCGCAGGUUCUUCUCCGUGUACCUGCGCAAGAAGUCGCGCUCCAAGAGCUCCAGUCUAAGUCGACUCGAGGAGGAAGGCACCGUCAAGGAAAUCGACAUCAGCCACCAUGUAAAGGAAGGCUUUGAGAAGGCCGACCCUUCCCAGUUUGAACUCUUGAAAGUUCUAGGACAAGGAUCCUACGGAAAGGUGUUCCUGGUGAGGAAGACCAAGGGAUCUGAUGCUGGGCAGCUAUAUGCAAUGAAAGUUCUUAAGAAAGCUACCUUGAAAGUUCGGGACCGAGUCAGGUCGAAGAUGGAGAGAGAUAUUUUGGCAGAAGUGAAUCACCCUUUCAUUGUAAAGCUUCAUUAUGCCUUUCAGACGGAAGGAAAGCUCUACCUGAUCCUGGACUUCCUGCGGGGAGGGGACCUCUUCAGCCGGCUCUCCAAAGAGGUGAUGUUCACCGAGGAGGAUGUCAAGUUCUACCUGGCUGAGCUGGCCCUGGCUUUAGACCACCUCCACGGCCUGGGGAUCAUCUACAGAGACCUGAAGCCUGAGAACAUCCUGCUGGACGAAGAGGGACACAUCAAGAUCACAGAUUUUGGGCUGAGUAAAGAGGCCAUCGACCACGACAAGAGAGCUUACUCAUUCUGCGGGACGAUAGAGUACAUGGCGCCCGAGGUGGUGAACCGGCGGGGACACACGCAGAGCGCCGACUGGUGGUCCUUCGGCGUGCUCAUGUUUGAGAUGCUCACGGGAUCUCUGCCGUUCCAGGGGAAGGACAGGAAGGAGACCAUGGCCCUCAUCCUCAAAGCCAAGCUGGGCAUGCCACAGUUCCUCAGCAUGGAAGCCCAGAGUCUGCUGAGAGCCCUCUUCAAACGGAACCCGUGCAACCGACUAGGUGCUGGCAUCGACGGAGUGGAGGAGAUCAAGCGGCAUCCUUUCUUUGUGACCAUAGACUGGAAUAAGCUGUACAGGAAGGAGAUCAAGCCGCCCUUCAAACCAGCGGUGGGCAGGCCCGAGGACACCUUCCACUUUGACCCCGAGUUCACAGCACGGACACCCACAGACUCACCUGGCGUCCCCCCCAGUGCCAAUGCGCAUCAUUUGUUCAGAGGAUUCAGUUUUGUGGCCUCAAGUCUGGUCCAGGAGCCCUUGCAGCAAGAUCUGCACAAAGCCACGGUUCACCCCAUCGUGCAGCAGUUACACGGGAAUAACAUACACUUCACCGAUGGCUAUGAGAUCAAGGAGGACAUCGGGGUGGGCUCCUACUCUGUGUGCAAGCGAUGUGUGCAUAAAGCUACUGAGGCAGAGUAUGCCGUGAAGAUCAUCGAUAAGAGUAAGAGAGACCCCUCGGAAGAGAUCGAGAUUCUCCUGAGGUACGGGCAGCACCCGAACAUCAUCAGCCUCAAAGACGUCUACGACGACGGGAAGUUCGUGUAUCUGGUGAUGGAGCUGAUGCGCGGCGGAGAGCUCCUGGACCGCAUCCUCCGGCAGCGUUACUUCUCGGAGCGGGAGGCCAGCGAUGUGCUGUGCACCAUCACCAAGACCAUGGACUACCUCCACUCCCAGGGGGUGGUGCAUCGAGACCUGAAGCCGAGUAAUAUACUGUAUAUGGACGAGUCUGGAAACCCUGAAUCCAUCCGAAUCUGUGACUUUGGGUUUGCCAAGCAGCUUCGAGCUGAGAAUGGGCUGUUGAUGACACCCUGCUACACGGCAAAUUUCGUUGCCCCAGAGGUCCUGAAGCGGCAAGGCUACGAUGCAGCAUGUGACAUCUGGAGUUUGGGGACCCUGCUGUACACCAUGCUGGCGGGAUUUACCCCAUUUGCAAAUGGACCAGAUGAUACUCCUGAGGAGAUUCUGGCAAGGAUUGGCAGUGGGAAGUACGCCCUUUCUGGGGGAAACUGGGACUCAAUCUCCGAUGCCGCGAAGGAUGUCGUGUCCAAGAUGCUCCACGUGGAUCCUCAUCAGCGCCUGACGGCCGUUCAAGUCCUAAAACACCCGUGGAUUGUGAACAGAGAGUACCUGUCCCAAAACCAGCUCAGCAGACAAGACGUCCACCUGGUGAAGGGGGCCAUGGCCGCCACCUACUUGGCUCUGAACAGGGCUCCGCAGGCCCCGCGGCUGGAGCCCGUCCUGUCGUCCGGCCUGGCGCAGCGCAGGGGCAUGAAGAGACUCACGUCCACGAGGCUGUAGCGCGAGCCGGCCCUGCCGAGCGUCCUGGGCUGUCGGGCGCUGCCGCGGUGCCCACGCCGGGCUCGGAGGCCCAGGUUCCUCCGCUCGUUCCACGCCUGCUCGCCAGCGGGAUUGGAUCCAGACCGGUGACCUCCCCACGCCCUGCUGUGCCAGCCCUGCCGCCUCCUUACCCCGAGCAAAGCCAGACAGACUCACUUCACUGCACACCACCACGCCCGAUGCCUGUAGGGUUCCUUCGGACUCCGGAGGUCUUUUACGAUCAUGGCUUAUAUUUAUAGAGAGAGGGUUUUUCCAGUGAUAAAGCCAGUAACUGGGUCAGGUUUCCGACACACGUGUCCUAGUGAUUCGGGUGGGCGGACACGCUGACCAGCUUACGGCACAGCCUCCCCGGGUGGGGCUGGCCUUUGCGGUCUGGGGUUGCCAGAAGGACAGGGUCGGCACAUGGCACCCAGAG